CUUGGGGCUUGCACUAUGUCAUAGUUGCUGUUUCUGUCCCCAAACCGUCUGAAGUUUAUUUGGACUCAUGACAUUUUACCGUAUGCAUUGAUUCCCGCCGCAUGUUGCUGCGCCACAAGUCAUCUGAUAUAGCUACUGGAAGCUCUUCAGGGCUCAAGCUGCUUUCUACUGCGAACUGCAUACAGUGUCGGUAUUAGCCAGCUUUAAUUCUGACGCAGCAUCAUGCACGGCCGAUUAUGCCCUGAACAUUCUAGCCAUACUGUGCCGGACGACAUCUUUCAACUCGAGGAACUCAUAGAAACCUUGUGACUAUUUCUGUCAAGCGGACAUCUGCCGGGGUGGCUCCAUGGGUAUCGGAUCUUAGGGUGUGAUGGACGUGGUAGGAGCUGCACUCGGGUUUUAGCUGGCUUCGGCUGGCCGCUGGACUAAUGCUGCGCAUACGCAGGAGCUUGGUGUUGGCCAAGUCCACCUGACUGAGCGACAAGAAAGACUGGCGCCUGGCAGGUUCAUCGUUUGCUCGAGAGUGGUGGGGACUUCGAAGGUUCUCACUGCGAUCGACGAGGUUCUGGCUUUUCAGAGCGCCGGAGAAGUCACUUGAUUGUUUUCGCAGCGUCGCUGUUAUGUCGUCUGGGGAAUGAGGUAGUCAGUUGGAGAUGGAGAACGCCUUGCUUGAGCUUAUCGCUGACUUCACCUAUGGUCUAAGCUGGAUGCCGAGCAUGUACUGUGUUUGACCUACCUGGCUUUCAACAGUUCUGGCUGCAGUCUCGUUGAGGGCCUUGGGCCUGGGAGUGCUGCUUUGCUGGUCAAACUGGCGUCAUGUCCCUGGAGGAGUUCGAAAAAAAAGAAGAAAAAAAAACCUACAAAAAAGGAGCAAGGUUUGUAGAAUGUACCAAAAGAGGAAUUGAAUUCUUGUAUUUUCCAGAAUUAUGCUUGGAACUUGGUAUGUCGGGGCGGAUCUUGAUAUCAAGGAGAUGGACUGGUGGAUGGACUGUUUGCUUGCCUGGCAGGCUGCCAUCGCCCUCGUACCAGGAAGGCAAUUAGGGCAAACGGAUCAACCAGCCAGCAGAAAAUUGAGCUUUUCAAUGUCGCGUCGAGCAUCGAAAUUUUCAAUCCAUCCUUCCAGCCAAUCCCUCCCGGGUUGUCAAACACCCCAACCUCUGAGGCUGCUUCAUUGAAACUCUGAGCUCUUCGGCGUCAACCUCAGAUCCCUCUUGCCUGCUAUCAAAUAUUCCUUGCCAUUCUGACUUGCCUGGAGCAUCUGCUUGGUAGGGCUGGCAAACAGAUUUCUGCUCGCUCUCGACUUCACUUCCACGUCAGUCAAAUGGUCUUCGCAUCAGGCGUCAACUGCAAGUGACCACCUUCGUUUCACGGGCUCGGUGAUUCCAUAGUGACAUCCGCAAAUAGGUGACAGGAUUAUCACCAUGUCGUCACAUUCCGUUCAACAAAACGCGAUGGCUCGCGACGACAACCCAGCGCACCCAGGACCGAUGCUAGAUCUCAAAGGCGAAGCAUCAUCGGUGGCCUUGCUACCAUUUGGACCCCGUGUGCAAGUGAAUUUAGUGCGGAUGUUGAACAGCGUGGUCGAGGACGUCGGCAGUCGAGCCGACCCUGUGGGAUUUGCCUGGGAUGAUUCGCACAGCAAUCAAGCUGCCAAAGUAGUCAGGCGGAUGCUGAGGAAUGGAGACAACGAGAAGAGAUUCAUCACCAUCAAAUUGCUUUCAUACAUCCAAAGUCACAAAACGGUUCAAGCCCAAAACGAGGAAGAGAACGGGCUGCAUACAAAAAAGCACCAAAAGGAAAAAGCCCGGCGACUCCAAGGAGAGCUUUUAGCCUUUUUCCUGUCGCUUACGGCAGAGAUCAAGAGCUUGCGCGGCAGUCCAUCGCAGCCAGCCUUCAACUUCUCCGAUCUUGAGAACGAGGUUAAUCGAGUCCGUCACCUCGUCCGCAAAGUCUCUGCUCCGUUCCGCCUUACCCACAGGACACAGGAAAGGCCAACCGGUGACCUCUACCAUGUGAACAGCCUGGCAAUAUCGCUCAACAAGCCCUUCCUCCUGAGUUUGGCCCUGGUGUCUGACCCAGACGAUAGCCCCAGCGGACAGGGCCCAGGAAAGACUGCGUCACCUCACAUCUUCCGUUUGACUUGGCCCAAGGUGGAGUCCAAACCUUUGACGACCAGUUCACAGUCAACACCCGGCUCAAUCAGCGCUGCUGUCCAGCCCGUCUCCACGCUACAUCCCACGGACGCAGUAUACAUCAAGCAAGAGCCCGGCCAUGACACAGAUAGGUCUGGCCAAGCUGUGAUUGUCAAUAGCUCACCCGGCCAUGGAAACGAGCGUAUGCCCAAUGCGAACCAGCAGCUCACGCGGAUGGUGGGGGACACUAUGAUGCUCCCAAGGAUUGUCGUGGAGAUUGGUCACCUCGCCAUUGUGCACACGACAACAACAGAGCACAGGCACGAAGUCCCAAUCACAGCAACUGGCCUUGGUCUGUUUGUCGAUUUAGAAGACGUUAACAAGGGUCUCUGGCUCCUUCGUACCGACAAUUACAUUGGUGUGAGGUUGGACGACCAGCCGUCCCUGGAAUCAGGGCUGAUAGCUUUCUUCAAGAAGCGUAAACUUCAUAAGAAUUGUGGAAACGCGAAGCUGUCAAGAAGUAUAAGCGAUUGGUUUGAAUCCUUUACCGGGGAGCAGCAAGUACAUGUAUUGCAACACACCGGCUCCAUCAAGGCAGACCUUCGACGUCUCGUACCAAAGUUCGAGACUUUUGCUGUGAGCUAUGCUUAAAUCUGGCACAGGCGCAGCGGUUCAGACGAUCUGUAAAGACAUCCCCUUUAUCGUUGCCGUAUAGAACACUGACAAGAAGAUUAUCUUUGACCGACCAACGUGUAAAUUUCUUGAGAGCAUAAGAAGUUUCACGAGAGUUCCACCGACGCUUCGUCAAACAGGAAGUAUGAGUAUGUUCGUCGGCACACACCAAAGCGGCCAUCAACGGAGCCCAGCGUCUAAGUGGGCGCCUAUACAGACGAAACGGUUCUAGUUCGCAGAAGCUAGGUCAAUUUGAGAUGGAGUUUCGAUAUUUGCUUUCCUACUGUUAUGAGCUCAAAGAGCAAGCAAAGGUGGGAAACACAUGCAGUUGGAGUCAAUAAAAUCUGGACAUGGAAAACUGGAGGGAGAGACCACAGUCACUCACAUUUUGUGUCGUAUGCCGAGGUUUUAUUUCUCUGCAAAGACACCAGGAGCUAUUGAGCCUACUCCCUUUCCGACUGUUAUCCAAUGAACCUGUAUAAUUACUCAUAAUCUGGUGUUGAAACAAAAUACAGCAAGGCCUUAAAGCCCGUUUGUUGAAAGCC